AACCGGCUGUCUGAGGAGAAUACUGUGUAACUGAAACGAAUGGGAGAAUGGCACGCAUGCGCAUUGCUGUACGUGAAGCGCAACAAUGAAUGGCGCGCAUGCGCAGAGCUAUAACAGGCGGUCUGAGAAUACUGUGUAACUGAAGCGAAUGGGCGAAUGGCACGCAUGCGCACAGCUGCAAUUGAGGCGAAACAGUAAAUGGCGCGUAUGCGCAGAGCAAUAACAGGCUGAGGAGAAUACUGAAACGAAUGGGAGAAUGGCACGCAUGCGCAGCGCUGUACGUGAAGCGAAACAGUGAAUGGUACGCAUGCGCAGAGUUAUAACCGGCUGUCUGAGGAGAAUACUGUGUAACUGAAACGAAUGGGAGAAUGGCACGCAUGCGCACAGCUGCAAUUGAGGCGAAACAGUGAAUGGCGCGCAUGCGCAGAGCAAUAACAGGCUGAGGAGAAUACUGAAACGAAUGGGAGAAUGGCACGCAUGCGCAGCGCUGUACGUGAAGCGAAACAGUGAAUGGUACGCAUGCGCAGACUUAUAGCUGGCCCUCUGAGGAGAAUAUGGAGUAAUAAAGGAGGGGGAAAAAAAUAAUCAAUUUUACGCAUGCGUACAACUGAGGAGAUUUACGCGCAUGCGUGGAUGUGUAAUUGAGUAAAUUAAUGAAUGGCGCGCAUGCGCAGAACUGUAACCGGCUCGAGAAUGCUGCACAGGAAAAUUAUGAAAGCGCGCACGCGCAGACUGUUCCUGACUCGCUGAAGAGAAUACUACGCAUGCGUUGUUCUGUAACUGAGGGAAAAAAUGAAUGGCGCGCAUGCGCAGAUCUGGAACAGACGCUGAGGAGAAAACGGCGCAUGCGUGAAUGAAUAAACGAGGGAAAUUGAUGAAUGCUACUCAUGCGCAGACCUGCAACUGUGGCAAAUCAGUGAUUGGUACGCAUGCGCGAAACUGUAACGGGCCUUGAGGGUAAUCGCGCGCAUGCGCACACCUAAAAAAGGCCACUCCCCCGUCCUCGAGGCUUGGAGAUGUGGCUGUGGGCGCUCCGGCGGGGCCUGAGGCCUUGGAGGGCGCUCUCGUCCCGGGCCUGGAUCUCCUGCUGGAGCUGCGGCCUCGCCCUGCCUGCCAACGGGUCCCAGCACCGCUUCUGCCCGUCCUGCCGCGCCCUCCAGCCCCCAGAACCCCAGCAGGACCUCUUCAGCGUCAUGGGAUGCGAGCGCCGCUUCCGAUUGGACGCUUCCGGUUUGAGGCGGAGCUUCCGGGCCUUGCAGGGCCUCCUCCACCCAGACCGCUUCAGCCGCAGCACCCAGGUGGAAAGGGGCUUCUCGGAGGAACAUUCUUCUUUGGUGAACAAGGCCUACCGGACGCUCCUCAACCCCAUCAGCCGCGGCAUCUACCUGCUGGAGCUGAAUGGGGUUUCCUUAGAGCAAGGGACGGACCCCGGAUCGGACCCCGAAUUCCUGUCGGAAAUAAUGGAGACGAAUGAGAGGCUGCAGACCCCCAAUGCGAGCUGGCCGACCUCGAGAAGGAACUCGCUGCCAAACGAGAGGAAUUGUUGGAGCGCCUCAGCAGAGCUUUUGAUGCAGGGUGAUCUCUCGGCCGCGAAAUCCCUUCUGACCAAAAUGAAGUAUUUCUCCAACUUGGAAGAGAAGCUCAAGGAGAAGAAAGCCCCGCCUUAAAAACAAAAUGGCCGACUCCUCUAAAACACACAAAAUGGCCUCUCCGGCCAUUCCCUAAGGGCGGCCAUUUUGGGCCCGGAAGGAGGCCGCCAUUUUGAAACCUGCCUUGGGAUCUCUAUGGAAUUGUGACAAAAGACAAGCCGGCGGCCAUUUUGGAUCACGAAUAAAGACAACCCGGCGGCCAUUUUGGAACGUGAUUGAAGGCAAUGUGGCGGCCAUUUUGGAAUGCAAAUCAAGAAUAAACAUAUGUAUAUGUAUAAAUAUAAAAUAUAUACAUAUAAUAAAUAUAAAAUAUUAUUAUUA